UGAGUGGUCCCUUACUGUAGCCGGACGCAACGGCGCUGGCCCCGCCCCUCGAGAACUCGCUGAGAGCUGGGCUGGUAAAAUUGCAUUACUGAGGACACUGGACUCGCAAAAGGCUGCCCCUCCCAAACUUGGGAUUCUGGGUUGACUGAGUUCACCUACGAGUCAGCACUACUUGCACUGCUCUGGUCUAGUACAAACAGGCUGCUGGCAUUGAGGUCUGCUACAAUGCUGCUGCUGCACAGAGCUGUGGUCCUCAGGCUCCAACAGGCCUGCAGACUCAAAUCAAUCCCCUCAAGGAUCUACAUUCAGGCCUGCUCCACAAAUGAUUCAUUUCGGCCCCAGUACCCCAGCCUCACCUUCUCUGCUGAUAACUCCAGCACCCGGGGAUGGAAAGUCAUGGGAACCCUAUUAGGUGUCGGUGCAGUGUUGGCCUAUCAGGACCAUCGAUGCAGGGCUGCUCAGGAGUCAACACGCAUAUACACUAAGGAGGAAGUGAGUUCCCAUACCAGCCCUGAGACUGGGAUCUGGGUGACUCUGGGCUCUGAGGUCUUUGAUGUCACAGAAUUUGUGGACCUACAUCCAGGGGGGCCUUCAAAGCUGAUGCUAGCAGCUGGGGGUCCCCUAGAGCCCUUCUGGGCCCUCUAUGCUGUUCACAACCAGUCCCACGUGCUUGAGUUACUGGCUCAGUACAAGAUUGGGGAGCUGAACCCUGAAGACAAAGUAGCCCCCACUGUGGAGACCUCUGACCCUUAUGCUGAUGAUCCUAUACGUCACCCAGCCCUGAAGGUCAACAGCCAGCGCCCCUUUAAUGCAGAGCCCCCGCCUGAGCUGCUGACAGAAAACUACAUCACACCCAACCCUAUCUUCUUCACCCGGAACCAUCUGCCUGUACCUAACCUGGAUCCAGACACCUAUCGCUUACAUAUAGUAGGAGCACCUGGGGGUCAGUCACUGUCUCUUUCCCUGGAUGACUUGCACAACUUUCCCAAGUACGAGAUCACAGUCACUCUGCAGUGUGCUGGCAACCGGCGCUCUGAGAUGACUCAGGUCAAAGAAGUAAAAGGUCUGGAGUGGAGGACAGGAGCCAUCAGCACUGCACGUUGGGCUGGGGCACGGCUCUGUGAUGUGUUAGCCCAGGCUGGCCACCAACUCUGUGAAACUGAGGCCCACGUCUGCUUUGAGGGACUGGACUCAGACCCUACCGGGACUGCCUAUGGAGCAUCCAUCCCUCUGUCUCGGGCCAUGGACCCUGAAGCUGAGGUCCUGCUGGCAUAUGAGAUGAAUGGGCAGCCUCUGCCACGUGACCACGGCUUCCCUGUGCGUGUGGUGGUUCCUGGAGUGGUGGGUGCCCGCCAUGUCAAAUGGCUGGGCAGAGUGAGUGUGCAGCCAGAGGAAAGUUACAGCCACUGGCAACGGCGGGAUUACAAAGGCUUCUCUCCAUCUGUGGACUGGGACACUGUAGAUUUUGACUCUGCUCCAUCCAUUCAGGAACUUCCUGUCCAGUCGGCCAUCACAGAGCCCCGGGAUGGAGAGACUGUAGAAUCAGGGGAGGUGACCAUCAAGGGUUAUGCAUGGAGUGGUGGUGGCAGAGCUGUGAUCCGGGUGGAUGUGUCUCUGGAUGGGGGCCUAACCUGGCAGGUGGCUAAGCUGGAUGAAGAGGAACAGCGCCCUAGGAAGGCCUGGGCAUGGCGUCUGUGGCAGUUGCAAGCCCCUGUGCCAGCUGGACAAAAGGAACUGAACAUUGUUUGUAAGGCUGUGGAUGAUGGCUACAAUGUGCAGCCAGACACUGUGGCCCCAAUCUGGAACCUGCGAGGUGUCCUCAGCAAUGCCUGGCAUCGUGUCCAUGUCUUUGUCGCCCCAUGAGCAUGGAAAAGAGCCACCUCAACCCCUUUCCCCACCCAUUAGCCUCACUGCUUCAGAAAAAUAUUUCCCACCCCUCAACUUCUUGGAUCACAACUCUGGCUUCCUAAGCCAUACCCAAGUACACAUAUAGCACAUUUCACCCAGGGCCUCUCCCUCUUUGGACACUAUGUUACAUAUCCCUCUUGGCCUUUGAACCUGUGCCAGGAAAUGUGAGCUGUUACAGCAAGGGGCUAGAAGUAAGACAAGUAAUUCUGGAGACAAGCACUAUUUUGUUUUCGUACCCCACCUCCGUUUCUAAUGCCUACUGCCAUCAAGGCCUUGUUUUGCUUUUCUUUUUGGAUUCUCUAGAGAAAUGUGUGUGGCAUGUUUAAGAAAAGUGUAUAUACUAUUAUCUCUCCAGGUUGCAAAGUUGUGAGGAGAGCAAGGGGCACAAUCAUCUCCCUUUACAGUUCUACUUUUCUAAUAAAUAGUCUGUUUAACAUCAU